CACUCGAGUGCAAUAAGUGAAAAGACUAAAUAAAAAAUAUAAAAUGGCAAUUGCGUAUUUUAUACCCGAUCAGGCGCAACUGUUGGCUCGCCAGCAAAGCGCGCAACAAGCAAAUAAUGCACGACAGCAACAACAGCAGCAACAACAGCAGCAGCAACAGCAACAGCAGCAGCAACGUUCGCAAUUUCGUGCCAACAUUUCGGUGCCUUUGGGGCAUGAGCAAGGCGCCAUGUCCAUGUCGGAGUUUGGCUGCUGGGAGCUGCUCGCUCAGAUCUUCUGCUACGCCUUGCGGAUUUACAGCCACAACUCGCGGCAGCGCCGACCGACGGUUAUACAAAUAAGCUUCGAGAUCAGCAGCGCGUCGCAGGAUCAAAAUGUAGAUGCCACUGAUGCAAGCCCAAAGCGAGAUUAAGUGGGCGCGUUGGGUGUGUGUUUGGAGAUGCAAGACUACGAGCAACUGAAACUAUUGUACAGUUUAAGUUUUUUGGUGGCAGCUCAAUCAAAGCGCAUUGUGAUUUUUUUUCGAGAAAGAGAGAGAGAGGAGAGUAGAGU